UGAGAGCUGGUCACCUUAACGACGCCAUGUCGCUGUUAGCAUGAAAAUUUUGUUGUAACCAAAAGUUGUUGAAAUAAAUUAUUUGAUAAAAAGUAUCUAUAAUUUGCAUAAAGCAGAGUUUGCUGCACAAGUGUACAUACGCUUUGAAGAUGGCGCUGCAGACAUACGGUGAUAAGCCAGUGGCAUUCCAACUGGAAGAGGGCGGCGAGUACUAUUAUGUGGGCUCGGAGGUGGGCAAUUAUAUGCGGCACUUCCGUGGCAUCCUCUAUAAAAAGUAUCCGGGUAUGACCCGUAUUGUUCUCUCCAAUGAGGAGAGGAAGCGUCUCGCCGAUUCUGGCCUCAGUUCACACAUAUUGGCGAGUUCGGUGUCGCUACUCCGCGCUGUAGAAGUUGAUGAUAUUAUGGCCGGCAAUGAUGAGAAAUAUCGCGCCGUUUCGGUAAACACUUCGGAUACACCAGUACCGCGGGAGAGCAAAUCAAAGAAGCAGCCACAAUAUGUACCAACAAUGCCAAACUCAAGCCACCUAGAUGCAGUGCCUCAGGCAACGCCUAUCAAUCGCAAUCGGGUGCACACUAAAAAGGUGCGGACAUUUCCCAUGUGUUUUGACGACACAGACCCAACCGCGAGUCUGGAAAACGCAGCACAGAAAGAGUGCCUAGUACCCAUACGCUUGGAUAUGGAACUAGAGGGGCAAAAGUUGCGUGAUACUUUCACAUGGAACAAAAAUGAGAGCAUGAUAACACCUGAACAGUUCGCCGAAGUUCUGUGCGAUGAUCUCGAUUUGAAUCCCCUGCCAUUUGUUCCAGCCAUUGCACAGGCUAUACGCCAGCAAAUCGAAGCGUUCCCCAAUGAUCCGCCCAUACUGGAGGAGAGCUGUGACCAACGCGUUAUAGUCAAACUAAACAUUCACGUGGGAAACACAUCGCUUGUUGACCAGGUCGAAUGGGACAUGUCAGAGAAAAAUAAUAAUCCCGAAGAGUUUGCCAUCAAGCUAUGCGCCGAAUUGGGUCUGGGCGGUGAAUUCGUUACGGCGAUUGCGUAUAGCAUACGGGGUCAACUAUCAUGGCAUUGUCGGACCUAUGCGUUUAGCGAGGCUCCCUUGUCCACAAUCGAUGUGCCCUUUCGCAAUCCGAGCGAUGCGGACGCAUGGGCACCAUUCCUAGAGACUCUAACCGAUGCCGAAAUGGAAAAGAAAAUACGUGACCAGGACCGAAAUACUCGACGCAUGCGACGUUUGGCCAAUACAACAACGGGCUGGUAGUCGAAACGGAUUGUUCCUGUCACCCCAUUAUUUAUCAAUGCACACGGCUAAGAGUUGGAAAAGUCCAUAAAUACUUUUAGUGGCACAACCAAUAAUAUCGCAAUCAAUUGAGUUGAUAAUUUUCCAGCUCUAAUAAUAGUGAUUAUAAACAAAUCAAAUAUUAUCCGCGCUGUAGAAUACUUACAAUGUUUUAAGUCGCCAGCAUUUAAUGUAUUUAGUUAUCUUAUAAUUAUUUUCGAUAAAUUUAUAAUCACUAUUAAGGAUUCGUGUAAAUUUGUUGCAUGGUACAAACUGCGUUCAUCAUUGUCCAGUUUUGGUCGGCAAUAUAUAAAUAUAAUAAAUACAUGUCUGUCUAUUUUAAAGCCAAA